GCCCUCGCUCCGCCCUCGUUUCAUGCCGAGAGGAGGAACACGAAGGCGCCGCGGCUCUGCCCUCUGUUUCCACCCGGGGAAGAGGAGCGAGAAGGCUCUGCCUUCGUUCCGCCCCGUUCCAACCCCAGCGGAAGAGCGAGAAGGCUCCGCUUUCUGUGCCCAUCCCGGGAGGAGGAGCGAGAGAGGCUCCGCCCUCUGUUCCGCCCUCUUCCCCCCGGAGCGGAGGCGCGAGGAGACAGCGCGCUGUAUUCCUCCCUCUGUCCCACCCUGGGAGGAGGAGCGAGAAGGCUCUGCUCUCCCGCCGACCCUCGUUCCGCUCCGGGAGGGGCUCUCCUCUCCUUGUAGCGAGGGAAGGAGCGCGAUGCCGCCCCCUCUCAACCCUCGUUCCGCCCCGGGAGGCGGAGCGGGGGGGACAAGGGGCGGGUCCGGUGCCGCCGGGCUCCUGUGCGGAGCGCCGCCGGGCAGCGCCAUGGCCAUCGAGGAGCAGCUGGAGGAUGGCAAGGAUGGGCGAGAGCCGCACCAGGAGCUGGCCACCCCGUUCCAGGCGCCGCGGCAGAAGGAGGUGGAGGUCGAACCCACCGAGCACAGCGCCUCCCAGCAGCUGAACCGUCUGCAGGGCAAGGACGAGCUGCUCAACCCCUGCAAGGAGGCUGCUGACAGCCCUGAUCCUGCCAAGCAAUGCAGCAAACAUGUCCCAGGGAUGCAAGGGGAUGGGAUCCCCAUGCCCCAGAAGGUGCUUUUCCCCAUGGAGCACCUCUCCCUGAAGUGGCAGCAGACCCACCAGAUCGGCAUCCGGAUGCAAAACCUGGGGAACACGUGCUUCCUCAACUCCACCGUGCGGUGA